AAUCCGCAGUUUCCACUGAGCGAGGCUGUGAGUGGAGACUGAGCCCUGAUUAACCCCAUUUGCAGGUAGUGGCUGCAGCUGCGACCCUGGAUUCAAGGACUGUCCAUCAAAUGCUCUCCUUGGACAAAUGAAGCAACCAAAGCUGGCGGAGACAAUGCCAUAGGGCCCCCAAAACAUAGAUUUAGGAGUCCAAUGUGAUCUCUCCCACUACUCUGUAAGCUUGAAGAUAUAUCUUACUUACCGCUGUAUGCCCAGAAUCUAACACAAUACCUGGAAUAUUAGUGAGUUAAUAAAUAUAUGCGGACUGACAGAAUGUGUGACAAGUGAUAGACUUUGUCAUUUAGCUAUAUGAAAUUAGAUGCACAAGUAACAUCUGGGAGGGUCUGAAGUGGAUUCUGAUUUUUCAUGGCAACUAAAGUGAAAUUGUAAAGAAAAGAGUAAAAUUGUACUAGAUGGGAAGGAUAUACGUCCCCAGGAGGAUGCCACUCUCCCCACUGGCCUUAUGUCCCCCUCAAGAAAGAACAAUGCUUUCUCCUUUGACCAAGGCAAACUGGUUUGGCCAACCAGGUACAAGAUUCUUGGGUCAGGGCCAGAAAGAACAGGACAGUGAGUGGCUGUUUUUGUUUGUUGUUUUCCAGCAGUAGUGGGAGAGAGCUCAUCAGAGAAUGGCUUCUGUGUCCUAGGUGACUUGGUUUCCCUUCUUUGGUUGCUGCCAUGGAGUCUCCUUCAGAUGCCCUUGAGAACUUGUGGUCAGUAAAUCUGCCACUCAGACCAUGGGAAUGAAUGAGCAGCGGCUACAUUCUAUAGAGUCCACCUGUUGUUGGAGUGUUUUUCUCUUCACCUCCUUCCCAAACUCUUCCUUGGGGAUUUUUCUUCAGUGUGUGGGCCAGUCCAGAGGCGAUGUUGCAUGGUGGUUUUUGCUACAGUUGGGCUACACGGUGCAUUUGCCUUUGUUGCUGGCCUCUUGCUCCUGAUGCAGCUGUGUAGGCUCUUAUAUCCUUACAACCCUAGCUGCAUUCAUGUAGCUUUGUUUCACCGUUGGCUGACAGUGCAGAAGAAGAUUGGACCUUGUACCUUGAGAAGUCCUGUAACAGGUUGGGAGGACUUCUGACUCUCUUCUUUUCCACUGGGUUUGCUAUAUAUUCUUUUGAGCAGAGCACAGAGAUCUCCACAGACCUCUAGGGCAAGGAGAAUACUAGUUAAUAUUCCAUCAACUUGGAACUCCAAGAUCUUGUGUUUACUUGCGUAAAGCCACUACAUGAAGUCACAAUUGAGAAUGAAGUCAUUUUUUUCAUUCGCCAUAAGGGGGCGCUCUUGGCUCUGCUUCUUAACCUUUUCUGGGCUAGGCAGAGAACUUUGCUGAUUUAGGAGGCAACUGGUAAUUUGAGGACUGAUAAGACCAACCAUGUCUGUGGUCAUUUCUGUCCAGGAUUAUAACUAAUUCUUGCCUAAUUCGUAAUAUCUGAAAAAUGUUCUCAAAGAAUAACUGUGCCCCAAAUGGGACAUGAAAAUAAAAACUUGCCUAAUAGCUAAGAGUGGUCAGAAACCUCAGACAUGAGGAGGAAGUGGGGAAUGCUUUAACCAAGGCUUCACACUUAUUAAGACUGUUGAUAUUAUCUCCAAACAAUGAUUAUUUUGUGUUUGUGGGUAUGAAACGUGUUAAUUUGUUAAAUGUAUGCCUUUAAAGUAUCCUGUAAUUUUAACUCGUCUUUUUUUUUUUUUUGAUAUAUGGAGAGAUUUUCAAAAUGUGACCCCUGAAAGGCAACAUCAGGUUAUCAUAAUUCUGAUUUUAAAAAAUUUGUCAGUGAUUCAUUCAAGAGUAUUUAUUGAGUAUUUAUUGUACUGUGCAAGGUACAGAUUUCAAGAUCAAUUCCAAACUAAACAAGUAAAACCUUCUCUACCAACUUGGUUUAGUAGUACUAAAACAAAUACUUUGCAUUUUUACACUGUGCCUUCUGGGGUUUUGAAGCCUUCUCAUAAGGCUUUGAUCUUUACAGCACCCCUUUGACGGGUAAGGUGAGUAUUUUCUCUGCUUUACAGGCAACAGUAUGCCUUUUAAUGGGGAUGAUUUUAUAUGCUUUAAAUAUUUUAAGCAGGUUGUUGAGAGUUCCAACAAUGUCAGUAGAAGCACCCACUUACAUGUGACACAGAUGGAUCAAAAUAUAAAGAGAACACUUUUAAAACCAAGUAUGUAUCAGCACCUGUGUCAAAUAAGGCCAUCAAGGACUCUCUUGGGGGAGCUUAUACCCUCCCCCCCCCAAGUUCUUCAUCAGCAUCCCCUACUGUUUUGGUGUUGAUAAUUAUUGUUUUCUGAGUCUUUUGUAAACUGCCCUAUAAAUGGAGCUUCGAUGCCGCACUCCAACACCAAACUCCCCCUGUAGAGGUACCUACCUUGAAAUUGACACUGACCAAGUUCUGCUCUCAGUUUGGCUCUUACUUCCUAUUGAACCCUAGCUAGUCUUGACUUUUCUGAGACUGAGUCUUCAUGUUUACAAGGAGGGAUUAGAUUUUGAUCUUUGAGUUUGCUCCACCCUCUAUGAGUUUUACGUGUUACAGCUGUAAAACGUUAAAACACUUCUCAUCUCUGAUACCCAGGAAUAAUCGUUUCGGUUAGAUAGAUGCCAACACAGUCUCACCUAAUUAUGGAAAGAAAAAAUAAUCGUAAAGGCCAUGCAAAAAAAGAAAUUGUGUCAUUGGUAAAGGGUUUUUCCAACUACAUCUUCUAUUUUUUUCUUGUGGGGAGGUGGGGGCAUUACACGUUGUCUUUUGGUGAGUUGGUACCAAAUAGCUUUGAGAUUGUGUUAAAUAUGCACAGACCCGAUUGGUGUACUCUCAGAAAAGUGAUUGGAUCUCUGUCCGAAAGACCACGCCAAGAUAAAAAUACACAGAAGUUGAAACCAACUGGAGAAGCACAAGAAAUAGUGUGGCCAAAAUCCUAAUACCAUCACAAGUCAGUAAACACCCCCUUCUAUGGAAAACCAUCCCAGUAAUCCCAGUAAGUAAAUAGACUUAAAUGAUGUCAGCCAGUGCCCCAGAAAAAAAUGAUUCCUUUUUAAGCCUCUAUUUAAAGCCAAUAUCUUCUAAAAUGAGCAUUGAGUUCACACAGAUAUCUUUUGAACCUCAUAUGAUGCUUGACACUGUGGGGAAAAAAUUCUAGACGAUAGACUCUGUGCCCUAAAAAGACCUAUUCAUCUAGCAAGCCAUUAACUAAAUUUUGUGUAAGUUUAAAGUGUUUAAAGGUGCAUGUUUGCCAAUGCAGGAAAUGGCACCACUUAACUCAAGGCUAAAUAGGGCUCAGUUUUAUUUGGGUCCAUUAAGUGGUGCUGGUUUUGAUCGGUCAAAAUGUUGUGCCUACUGUUUCAGCAUCCUCCAUGAGAGAGAGUGGACAACUGAUGAGAUUUUAACUGACCACUUUCCCCGAGACAAUUGCAUUUGUAGAUAGGAGGACACAGACUUCUGUCCUGGGGGGGGGCUUCAUGGGCUGGAAAGGCAGAGAAGCUGGUGGCUAUUCUUCAAAGUGCUGCUGCGAGUAAGAGGGGAGAGCCUGGGCCAAGCAGGCUGAAGCUGUGGCUUCAGGUCUUGCUGCUCAGGGUUUUAUGGAGCAUAUUCUGACAGGCUUAGGGAUAGAGGAUGGAAGAACCAAGUAAGGAAAAGAACGUGAUGGUUGAGGCUGGGGCCUCAGAGGAGGCAGUCCUGAUAGCAAUCUAUUAGCUAAAUCCAAAUUAAGCAAAUGAAGCCACCCACUUAAAUCUGAGAGAUUCCAAAGCAUUCAAGCAUGAGAGCUGAAGCCAAAGAAAAGAACAGCAUGUGCUGAACGGAAAUUUGAAGGUUGACUUAAUGUCUGUGGAGGGCAAAUCUGAGUGACAUCGUACUUCUGAGCAGAAUUCAUUUGUAAGUGUGAGAAAGUGAGCUUUGAUGGUCCCUCUGGAGCACUGAGGAGCCCAAGAGUGAAGGCUUAGGAAAUGGCAUAAGAGACAUUCAAUAGUGUGGUGUAAUUCUCAAACUUCUUCUUAAAAAAUCACCCCCCCAACACCCCCCAAAAAAAGUAAAGGAGAAAAAGCCUUCCUCUUCUCUCUGAGUUGCUGCAUGAGUUAUACAAAAUUCAAAGGUAGGGUGAUGUCUGCCAGGAAUGGGAAAGGAGAAAGUGCCUGGGUUGUCCUAAAGGUGAACUGCAAAGAGCAGUGGAGGAGGGGGAAGAUUGAAGAGAAGCCUAGAAAGGACAGGCUGUCUAACUGGGAGAAACCCCCCCAGCAGGGAAGCCAAGGGCCUGCAUGGUACCUGUCUCUGCUACCAUCCAGAUAUCCAAGCAACGUUAGAAAAUUCACCCCCUUUCCUUUUUCGCAUUGGCUGUCAAGAAGCUCAAAGCUGCUUCUGAACAUUUAUCUGAUCAAGACACAAGCAGAAUAUUGUAAUAUUCUUAUGGCCAACUGAGUUUAAAAAAAAUAAAAAAGGCUGCAGUAGGGCCAGAGGCUGGGGGUUCCAGAGAAUGGGCAUCUAAGGAAUAUCCAUAUUCCAUUAGUGGCAGUUCAAGGAGGUUCUGAAUUAUGAAUUGACCUAUUAUAGGGGUGUGUGUGUGUAUACAUACACAUAAAACAUCCCAUAUAUAUCUUAUAUAUUAAUAUAUAUGUUAUGAAUUGGACUAUUACGUAUCAUCUAUUUUAGGCCCAUAUAUUGGUCUAUAUUUUUGUUGUACUUAUUUCCUCAUAGUAUAUGGCUUUUUAUCUUUUAUUUCUCUUUACAUAACUUUAUUUGAUGUUAAAUGAAAACGUCCUCAAUUAUUCUUUAGGUAAAAUGUGGAGUACACAUUUAAAAUAAUAUGUCUCAUUCUGUAACUCUGUUCCAGGCACUAUACUUUUCCUUCUGUAAGACCAUGGCAAUAAUAAUCUUGGCGGUGUGGCAAACCCUGCUCUUCUAAGGACUGGAUGAAAUCACUUCAAGUAAAACACUUAGUUAAUGCCUUGCAGACGUUACAUAGUAACUUUAACAUUAUUGUUAUUGUUUUCUCAUUUAAUGCUUGCAGUAGCCUCAUGCAGUGGCUACUAUUGUUAUUUCCCUUUGGAAAGGAAGGGGUGAUAAGAAUACGCAAAGCUUCAUGGAGAGAGGCGCUGGCCCCAUCCUCAUUGUCUGUGAGGCAAGAAGAGGCAAAGCUAGGGUUAGGAGCGAUCCCUGGCUUCGAAGUUUCCGUCCCAAACUUCUAUCCUCUAGGCGUCCCUUGUGUCUGGCCCCCGGGUCAAACGCGGAGGUUGCUUUUCAUGCAAGUUCUGGGGUCACCCCCUGCCCCCGCCCCGACCCAGCAGAGCUCUCUUAAUACCGACUUCCUCAGGCUCAGUCCAGGCCAGUCGACUCCAGCUGAUGGCGGAGAAACGCAGAGGUGAGCGUGGCCUCGCCGGUGGGCUCUCUGAGCCUGGUUUGGGGGAAUAGGCGUCAAGGACGUGGGGCAAGUUGGCGUCGCGAAGCCAGCAAGGGAAAGGUAGGGAGGGCGUGACAUCAUCUGUUCAAUCAACAGCCUCCCCUGAGGCUUCCAGAAUGCAAAAACAUUCCCUUGAUUCUCAAAGUGGGUGGUUUACUGAUUUCACUGCUUCCACCCCAAAUUGAGAUGCAGCGGCUUUUAGCCAGAUCUGGGCAGGCUCUGGAUGUUAAAUCCAGCCCUUGACUUAUUUUUUUCUUUUUUUUUUUGUAAAGUGAAGGAUAACAGUCGCGGUCCCCUCUCUUCCCUCCGUGCCUCCAGGUUCCCGUCGCUGGUCUGGGCGACCCCGGCGCGCCGCGAAGGGACGACCCGCCCGCCAGGUUUGGGGGCUCCUCCGGGGGAGUCUGCGUGAGGUGGGAUCUGGAGCAGUCCGCGAGCUGGCGGGCAUAGCUCCUCACCGGAGACACUGAAACUGGAGGAGGUUCCCGUCCCGCCAAUCUGAUUUCCUGCGCUGCUCGCCGCCGCGCGCCGCCCAAGACCCGCGGUUAACUGCAAAAGGGUAGUUUGCUGAUCACUGCUGGUUAGAUCAAUACGGCGAGAGCAGAAAGAAAAGAUCCGAAAUACGAAAGCUCCCCGAAGCCGGGAAGGGGAGAAAAACGGCGGCUGACAUCACUCGGGGCGGGGCCGAAAGCCCUAAGAAAAGUCGGUAGGACCCGAGCGGCAGGCGCUGCCAGACACCACCUCAUCAUGAGCAGUCACAACGGCUCCGAGCUCCACGUCCUCUGCAGCUCCGGCCAGCUGUUCUUGCAGCCCCUCUGGGACCGCCUCAGGACCUGGGAGGCCCUCAUCCAGUCGCCCUUCUUCCCCGUCUUCUUCUCCAUCACCACCUACGUGGGCUUCUGCCUGCCCUUCGUGGUGCUGGACGUCCUGUGCCCCUGGGUGCCCGCGCUACGGCGCUACAAGAUCCACCCGGACUUCUCGCCGUCGGCUUGGCUGCUGCUGCCCUGUCUGGGGCAGACGCUCUACCAGCACGUGGUGUUCGUGUUCCCCAUGACACUGCUGCACUGGGCGGCCAGCCCCGCUCUCCUGCCCCCCGAAGCCCCCGAGCUGCUCCAGCUGGUCCGCCACGUCGUGCUCUGCCUGCUGCUCUUCGACACCGAGUUCUUCGUGUGGCACGUGCUGCACCACAAGGUGCCCUGGCUGUACCGGACCUUCCACAAGAUGCACCACCAGAACUCGGCCCCGUUCGCGCUGGCCACGCAAUACAUGAGCGUCGGGGAGCUGUUUUCCUUGGGUUUCUUUGACAUGAUGAACGUCUUGCUGCUCCAGUGCCACCCGCUCACUGUCCUGACCUUCCACGUGGUCAACAUCUGGCUGUCGGUGGAGGACCACUCGGGCUACGACUUCCCCUGGUCCACGCACAAACUGGUACCUUUCGGGUGGUAUGGGGGCGUGGAACACCACGACCUGCAUCACUCCCAGUUUACCUGCAACUUCGCCCCUUACUUCACACACUGGGACAAAAUACUGGGAACUCUGCGGUCUGCUCGAGCCAAGUGACAUGCAGGCACCCCUCCCGGCGUAGUAGUGGGUGCUGUGGUGAGGGGUGGGUGUACCUCAGACAUUGUGCAUUUCACCCUUGAAUCGGGAGAGACACCCUUGAGGUUGCUUUUUUGUUUUAUUUGCUGGAAACUUACAGAGAAAAUCUGAUGUAUUUUUCACAAUCUAGUAAUUUAUGUAAUGUUUGUAUAUCAACAAUUAUAUUCUUGAUGUGGAAUUUUAGCUCACUUCAAUAGCCUUGAUAUCUGGUUACAAAGUAUCCAAAAUCACUGGCGUAUUUAAAUAAUCUCUGAAAAGGUUUGUUUGUAGAACAAGGAGUUUUACUCUGUUUGAAGGUGUCCUAGAACUAGGCUAAAAUAAUAUAUUUUUAUGGAGAAUCUGAUCUGUGACUCUGUAAACAAUGAAACAUGUUCCUGCUGGACAGUGACUAAGAUUAUUGUACCUUUUUUCUUUGUUUUCAUAGAGCUGUAUAUUUAUAUCGAAGGAAACGUUAUUUAUGCUUGAAAAAAAGUAAAAAAAGGACAUAAACCAAA